CAUUCCUCCUGCAACUUUUGAGAUGAAAGAGAAUGGCGCGGGUGGUGUCAUCAUUGACACAGGGUCUACGCUCACCUACCUACCUGAUGAUGUGCAAAAUUUACUAUACAAGGAAUAUCCUUGGCGGGUCCUUUAGGAAAGUUAUAAUCGAAACUUAUCCCUGGCUAUAUUGCUAUUUGGGGGUUGUGAGUAGAGAUUUAGUUGGAUUUCCAGUGGUUACCUUCCAUUUUGCUCAAGGUGCAGAUUUGGCUUUGGACACUGGAAGCUUCUUUGAACAGCUCACAGACAGCGUAUUCUGCAUGGCUAUAGGUCCAGUCAGUGCGACUGGCGUCGACAACCGAUCUUCUGUUAUCGGCUUAUUGGCUCAGCAGGGUUACAAUGUUGGAUAUGACCUUGUUAACCAGAUUGUUUACUUUCAAAGAAUUGAUUGUCAACUGCUUAGUGGCUGAUGGAAGUCUAUGCAUUCCAAAA